UUAAAAAAACACCAAAUAAAUGAAUGAACGAACGAACGAAGCUGACAUCUUCCAUUUCUAUACUCAAGACGAUCGGGUAGAUUUUUGAGGUGUGUGAAAGAGAAAGAGAAAGCAGCUCCAAAGAAGAAAGAAAUACUCACAACCCCUAGUGUCACGGCUAAGUCUGAAUUUGAUUUACCAAGAUGACCCCAGUUUGCCCUUUUGUGAAAGCUUCAAGGCCUGAUGAUGGGUCAUCAAGAAAACCAGGGGAAUGUCCGGAAAAACAUGCGGCCGAGCAUGAGGGAGGAGGGAAAGCAAAGAAAGAAUCUGUUGGUGCAUCUGCUACCGUUUCGCCGAAAUGCCCUUUUGGAUAUGAUUCUCAGACAUUUAAAUUGGGACCUCAUAGUUGUAUGAUAUGCCAGGCACUUCUUUUUGAUUGUAGUAAAUGCGUGCCAUGUUCUCAUGUUUAUUGCAAAGUUUGUAUUUCGCGAUUCAAGGACUGUCCAUUGUGUGGAGCUGAUAUUGAGAGGAUUGAAGCUGAUACGGAUCUCCAGAGUGUAGUUGAUCGGUUCGUUGAUGGUCAUGCUAGAAUCAAGAGGUCCCAUGUUGACAUGGAUAAAGAGGGGAAAGUAGGUGAGAAUAAAAAAGUGAUAUACGAGGAUGUUUCUUUGGAGAGAGGUGCUUUCUUGGUGCAACAAGCCAUGAGGGCAUUUCGUGCACAGAAUGUGGAAAGUGCUCGAUCAAGACUGAGUCUUUGUGCAGAAGACAUACGAGGUCAGAUAGAAAUAGCAGGGAGCACAUCGGAACUGUGUUCACAGCUUGGAGCAGUGCUGGGAAUGCUUGGGGACUGCUGUCGAUCAAUGGGGGAUGCUGGCUCUGCAGUUUCUUACUUUGAAGAGAGUGUGGAAUUCCUAUCAAAAUUGCCUGCAGCUGAUCUGGAGAUCAUGCAUACACUUUCUGUUUCACUUAAUAAAAUUGGAGAUCUCAAAUAUUAUGACGGGGAUCUGGAAGCUGCAAGAUCUUACUAUAUCCGUUCUCUUAAUGUGCGACGUGAUGCCAUCAAACAUCAUCCUAGUGUUUCAUACCAGACCCUGGAUGUGGCUGUUUCCCUUGCAAAAGUUGCCGAUGUGGACAGGACUAUUGGUAACGAGGAUGCUGCACUGGAUAGAUUUCGCGAGGCCAUAAAAUUGUUGGAAUCCUUGACAUUAAAGCCUGAGGAAGCUGGGCUUGAGCAACGGCGUCUUUCAGUUCUGGAAUUUCUUAACAAUCAACUCGCAGAGAAACAGUCUGGCUGAACGUCCCAGAGUCUGAUAUCAUGCAGAGGAGAAUCAAACAACACGAAGAUAAUCCUUUUUUCUGUAUAUAUGGAGAGUUAACUUUUAUUUGUAAUAAGCACGGUGGAGCAAACAAUGGCAAUCAUCCAUGGAUUCAAAAGCUUUCUGAGGAGAGGCAGACCUGGAGCAUGGGUGGUGGCCAUAUCCCAUGCUAUUUCUUUUGCAAAUUUACCCAACCUGGAUUUAGUAUUACACAAGUAAUUCAAGAAUGUUACCUGCAAGUGGUCUUCGUGCGACACUUAUGUCUUAAUGGCCAUGGAUCAGAUGAGCGCUGCCUUUGAUGUGCGAAUACGGUUCUUCCACUCCUUGUUUUAACUCUGUUGAUAUGCAUUUUUUCCUCGUGAACAAAAGUAACUUCCUGGGCUCGUCCCAGUUAUUUUAAUGGAAUGCACAUAAAUAUUUCUACGCAA